UCAUCAGGGAGCCGCGCGUGCAAGCGGGUGGCGUGCGGCGCGCGCUCGCUCUUUCGCUCGCUCGUUCGCUCGCUCGCCCUUUGCUUCUCUGGUUCCUCCUGCUGUGUUGGUUGUUUUGUGAGGAGCAGCAGCGGCUCAAUGACUGAAGGCGAGUGGGGAGCGCCUAGCCGCCGCCAUCACCGCCGCCGUCCCAUCAGCAGAGCCCCCCCAGUUGGCUUGCAUCUGAGGAAGACGUAGUGAGCCGCUCCUUAUCGAGAUGUGGUGAGGCAGGCAGGAAAGACCCUCCCCCACACACACCUCUGCUUCGCAACCCCUCCCCCAAACUUCGGGACAGAGGACGGGAAGAAGGAGGAUUCGAAGUUGCCGCGCCCCGAAAGGGUGCUUGGACAGAGCCCGACACCGGAGUAGCUUCUGGGUCCUGCUGGUAGACCAGAACAACCAUGUUUCGGAACAGUCUCAAGAUGCUUCUUACAGGUGGUAAAUCAAACCGUAAGAACAGAUCCAGUGAUGGAGGAAGCGAGGAGCCACAAGAUCGAAGGCAGGCAAGCAUAGAUUAUUGUCAGAGUCAUUCUGGACAAGGUGGCAGUUGUGCAGAGAACGAUUGUGCUUUUGAACCAGAGUAUGCUAUCCCAACACUCACAGUGCCUGAAGGUAUGCAGCACAUUCGAAUUAUGGAAGGCAUGUCCCGCUCUCUCCCAUCUUCCCCAUUACUAACACAUCAAUCUAUCAGUGUUCGACUGCAGCCUAUGAAGAAAUUGACUGCUCCAUUAAGGAAAGCCAAAUUUGUUGAGAGCCCCCGAAUUCCAGAAUCUGAGCUUGGCUCACCAACACUCAAUUCAACACCAAAACUGGAUCUUGAUGCCUACUGUCCUGGUGAAACUGAACAGGAGCUGGGACCUCCUCCCUCUGUAGAUGAGGCAGCAAACACACUCAUGACUCGCCUGGGCUUCCUCCUGGGAGAAAAAGUCACUGAGCUACAGGCAGGGAAUCAGUAUAACAUGGAAGGACAGGAAGACAAUCAGACUUCAGCAGUGUCCCAGCGAAUAAGUCCCUGUUCCACACUGACCAGCAGUACUGCUUCACCACCUGCCAGUAGCCCUUGUUCCACCCUCCCUCAAACUAGUGCUAAGGAUGUUAUAGCAAAGGACUGCAAUUAUGGAGCUGUCACAAGUCCUACAUCUACUCUUGAAAGCAGGGAUAGUGGCAUCAUAGCAACUUUGACAAGUUACUCUGAAAAUGUGGAUCGUGCUAAAUAUGGAGGGGAAAGUAGUAAGGAAUUAGGAUCUGGAGUAAACCUGAAGCCUUGGCAAUCUCAAAAAUCCAAUAUAGACUCCUGUUUAUAUAGAGUAGAUGAAAACAUGACAGCUUCUACAUACAGUUUGAAUAAAAUCCCUGACCGGAAUCUAGAGACUGUUUUAUCUCAGUCAGUACAAUCCAUUCCACUUUAUCUCAUGCCACGGCCCAAUUCUGUAGCAGCCACCAGUUCAGCCCACUUGGAAGAUCUAGCUUAUUUAGAUGAACAGAGACAUGCUCCUCUACGAACAUCUCUCAGGAUGCCUCGUCAAAGUAUGGCUGGUACUCGCACGCAACAGGAUCUAAGAGUUCGUUUUGCGCCUUACAGACCUCCCGACAUCUCUUUGAAACCACUGCUUUUUGAGGUACCUAGCAUCACCACAGAGUCCGUGUUUGUUGGCCGGGAUUGGGUGUUCCAGGAGAUUGAUGUACAUUUACAGAGUACUGAUGCCAAUGUGAACAGAGGUGUGGUGAUAGUUGGAAAUAUUGGCUUUGGCAAGACAGCAAUCAUAUCUAGGUUGGUUGCACUGAGCUGUCAUGGCACACGGAUGAGGCAGAUUGCUUCGGACAGCCCCCAUGCAUCUCCAAAACAUGUUGAUGCAAAUCGAGAACUUUCCCUUACUCAGCAACCCUCUGCUCACCCCUCCAUUACCAGUGGGAGUUGUCCUGGAACUCCAGAAAUGCGCAGACGCCAAGAAGAAGCUAUGCGAAGACUUGCUGCUCAGGUUGUUGCAUAUCACUAUUGUCAAGCUGAUAAUGCCUACACCUGUCUGGUGCCGGAAUUUGUUCACAAUGUAGCAGCCUUGCUCUGCCGUUCACCCCAGUUUGUUGCAUACAGAGAGCAACUGUUGCGUGAACCACAUCUACAAAGCAUGCUUAGUUUGCGAUCCUGUGUUCAAGAUCCUCUUGCAUCUUUCCGGAGGGGAGUUCUAGAACCGUUGGAAAGCCUUCAUAAAGAACGGAAGAUCCCAAAUGAAGAUUUCAUCAUAUUGAUUGAUGGCUUAAAUGAAGCUGAAUUUCACAAACCAGAUUAUGGGGAUACAAUUGUAUCAUUUCUCAGCAAAACCAUUGGAAAAUUUCCAUCCUGGCUGAAGCUAAUUGUAACAGUUAGAACAAGUCUACAGGAAAUAAUAAAGUUAUUGCCCUUCCAUAGGAUAUUUCUGGAUAGACUGGAAGAAAAUGAAGCUAUAGAUCAAGAUCUCCAAGCCUAUAUACUACACCGAAUACAGAGCAGCUCGGAAAUACAAAAUAACAUCUCUCUUAAUGGCAAAAUGGACAAUACAACCUUUGGCAAACUCAGUUCUCAUCUCAAAACCCUGAGUCAAGGAUCAUACUUAUACCUUAAGCUCACAUUUGAUCUAAUUGAGAAGGGCUAUUUGGUGUUAAAAAGCUCCAGUUAUAAGGUAGUGCCUGUCUCCCUUUCAGAAGUAUAUCUACUGCAGUGCAAUAUGAAGUUCCCAACACAGUCUUCCUUUGACCGGGUAAUGCCUCUUUUGAAUGUGGCAGUGGCAUCUCUACAUCCUUUGACAGAUGAGCAUAUUUUUCAGGCUAUCAAUGCUGGGAGCAUUGAAGGUACUUUAGAAUGGGAGGACUUUCAGCAAAGAAUGGAAAAUCUUUCUAUGUUUCUUAUCAGACGCAGAGAUAUGACCCGAAUGUUUGUACAUCCUUCAUUUCGAGAAUGGUUGAUUUGGAGAGACGAAGGAGAAAAGAUUAAGUUUCUUUGUGAUCCUAGGAGCGGUCAUACUUUACUUGCCUUUUGGUUUUCCCGUCAAGAGGGAAAACUCAACAGGCAGCAGACAAUUGAGUUGGGCCAUCAUAUUCUGAAAGCACACAUCUUUAAGGGGCUUAGUAAAAAAGUUGGCGUUUCUUCCUCAAUUCUACAAGGGCUUUGGAUUUCUUAUAGCUCAGAAGGUCUUUCCAUGGCACUGGCUUCUCUGCGCAAUUUGUAUACACCCAAUAUAAAGGUCAGUCGUCUGCUGAUCUUGGGAGGUGCCAACAUCAAUUACAGGACUGAAGUGCUAAACAAUGCCCCAAUUUUGUGUGUCCAGUCUCAUCUUGGUUACUCUGAGAUGGUAGCCUUGCUGUUGGAGUUUGGAGCAAACGUUGAUGCCUCUUCUGAAAGUGGCUUAACAUCUCUUGGUUAUGCUGCUGCUGCUGGAUAUUUAAGCAUUGUGGCACUUUUAUGCAAGAAAAGAGCCAAGGUGGAUCACUUGGACAAGAAUGGUCAGUGUGCAUUGGUACAUGCAGCUCUUAGAGGCCACCUGGAGGUUGUCAAAUUUUUGAUUCAGUGUGACUGGACAAUGGCUGGACAGCUACAAGGAGUGUUCAAAAAAAGCCAGGCCAUCCAACAAGCACUCAUUGCUGCUGCUAGCAUGGGAUAUACUGAGAUUGUGUCCUACCUGCUUGAUCUCCCAGAAAAAGAUGAAGAGGAGGUGGAGCGAGCACAAAUCAACAGUUUUGACAGCUUAUGGGGAGAGACAGCUCUAACUGCUGCAGCAGGAAGAGGGAAGUUGGAUGUUUGCCGUCUGCUUCUAGAGCAAGGAGCAGCUGUAGCCCAGCCCAACCGACGAGGGAUUGUUCCUUUAUUCAGUGCCGUUAGGCAAGGCCAUUGGCAGAUUGUCGAUCUCUUGCUCACCCAUGGUGCAGAUGUUAAUAUGGCAGAUAAACAAGGUCGGACUCCUCUAAUGAUGGCAGCUUCAGAGGGGCAUUUGGGUACUGUGGAGUUCUUAUUGGGACAAGGCUCCUCAAUUUCCUUAAUGGACAAAGAAGGACUAACUGCUCUUAGCUGGGCUUGCCUAAAAGGUCAUCUUUCGGUAGUGCGAGCUUUGGUAGAGAGUGGAGCUGCUACAGACCACGCUGACAAAAAUGGGCGUACUCCAUUGGAUUUAGCAGCUUUUUAUGGAGAUGCAGAGGUGGUUCAAUUCCUGGUGGAUCAUGGUGCCAUGAUUGAGCAUGUGGAUUACAGUGGGAUGCGCCCCCUCGAUAGGGCAGUGGGCUGCCGCAAUACUUCUGUUGUAGUUACUCUCUUGAAGAAAGGAGCCAAGAUAGGUCCAGCAACAUGGGCAAUGGCCACUUCCAAACCAGACAUCAUGGUCAUCCUGUUGAGCAAAUUGAUGGAGGAGGGAGACAUGUUUUACAAGAAAGGGAAAGUGAAAGAAGCUGCCCAACGGUAUCAGUAUGCUUUGAAGAAGUUUCCCCGAGAAGGGUUUGGAGAAGAUCUAAAAACUUUCCGGGAACUGAAGGUGUCACUCCUUCUCAACUUAUCACGCUGUCGGAGGAAAAUGAAUGAUUUUGGAAUGGCGGAGGAAUUUGCUACUAAAGCACUGGAGCUGAAACCGAAAUCUUAUGAAGCUUACUAUGCAAGAGCAAGGGCCAAACGCAGCAGCAGGCAGUUUUCAGCAGCACUGGAGGAUUUGAAUGAGGCCAUCAAACUUUGUCCAAACAACCGUGAAAUCCAGCGGCUCCUUCUGCGGGUAGAAGAAGAGUGCAGACAGACACAGGUGCAACUACAACAACAAUCCCUUGCAGCAUCUGAAUCAGAAAUACAGCAAGAAGAGUUAUAUGGAGUGCAAGAUAUCUUGGAAGAAGAAUAUCUUGAGCAAGAUGUAGAAAACAUUUCUGUUGGCUUGCAGACAGAGUCACAACCUAGCCCAACAUUGCCCAUUAUCCAAAGUCCACCAUCUUCACCUGCCCACCGGGACUCUGCCUACAUCUCCAAUUCACCACUUGGUUCACAUCAGGUCUUCGACUUCAGAUCAAAUAAUUCUGUAGGAUCACCAACAAGGCAAGGAUAUCAACCCACCUCACCAGCACUUUCUCCAACACACCAGAAUUCUCAUUAUAGGCCUAGUCCACCACACACAUCUCCUGCUCACCAGCCUUCCUCUUACCGUUUCAGUCCACCACCAAUUGGUAGCCAAGGGAAGGAUUAUCAAAGCCCACCUCCUUCACCCCUUCGUAGAGGCCCUCAGUAUCGAGCCAGUCCUCCUGCAGAUAGUGUAAGUGUCUACAGAGCUCAGUCCAGUUCACCAGUACGGUACCAGCAAGAAUCCAACAUCACUCAACUUCCUAGUCGGCCCAAGUCUCCACUUUCUAAAAUGACACAGAGAUCUUUCCAGAUGCUUCCACUACCUGUUGCAGUUCCACAGCAAGGACUUAGGUUGCAACCUGCCAAGGCACAGAUUGUCAGAAGCAACCAGCCAAGUUCAGCUGGGCAUUGUAGUACUGUAAUUCCAACAGGAACAUAUGGCCAAGUGUCCCAUUCUGUGGCCAACAAGUUUCAGUCUUCACUAGCAGAAAUGGCUGGAGGCCAAAAUCGGUUGGUGUAUCAGACCUCUAUUGGGGGAAUAGUGGGAGAUGGGCGACCUGUGCAGCAUGUUCAAGCCAGUCUGAGUGCAGGGGCAAUCUGUCAGCAUGGAGGGCUGACUAAAGAGGAUCUUCCACAAAGACCUUCCUCUGCUUAUCGUGGAGGGAUGAGAUAUAGUCAAACCCCACAGAUUGGGCGGAGCCAGUCAGCUUCCUACUAUCCAGUCUGUCAUGCAAAGCUUGAUUUGGAACGUUCCUCUCUACCCUCUAGUCAGCUUGGUUCCCCUGACAUUUCCCAUUUGAUACGAAGGCCUAUUACAGUAAAUUCCAAUGAAAUAAAGCCUCAUCCACCAACUCCAAGACCUCUGCUUCAUUCUCAAAGUGUUGGUCUCAGAUUUUCCCCUUCAAGCAGUAGCAUUUCCUCUACUCCCAAUUUGACUCCCCCAUUCCGACCUUCUGCUUCUGUUCAACAGAUGGAGAUUCCGCUUAAGCCAGCAUAUGACAGAUCAUGUGAUGAGCUGUCCCCAGUAUCUCCAACCCAAGGUGGUUAUCCCAGUGAACCUACUCGCUCCAGGACCACACCUUUCAUGGGAAUCAUAGAUAAAACAGCCCGGACUCAGCAGUAUCCUCACCUACACCAACAAAGCAGAACCUGGGCUGUAUCUUCAGUGGAUACCAUAAUAAGCCCUACAUCUCCUGGAAAUCUUCCUCAGCCAGAAACAUUCAGCCCGCCUUCUUCAGUCAGCAGCCUUGCCUUUUAUAACAAAACUAACAAUGCACAGAAUGGCCACUUGUUGGAGGAUGACUAUUACAGUCCACACGGGAUUUUGGCCAAUGGCUCCAGAGGAGAUCUUCUAGAAAGAGUUAGCCAAACUUCUUCAUAUCCUGAUGUUAAGGUGGCCAGGACACUGCCUGUUGCACAGGCAUAUCAGGACAACAUCUAUAGGCAACUUUCCAGAGACUCCAGGCAAGGGCAGACAUCCCCAAUCAAACCAAAGAGACCAUUUGUGGAGUCUAAUGUUUAAAAUGGAUGUGUCUUGGAGUAAGAGCCUUUUAUUUUUUAGCACAUUUUUCCUGGCUGAAUUCACAUCUUACGUUGCUGUUUUUCCUUCCUUUCUAAGAUUUGUAUUUACUAGCAGACUACCACCCAGGAGAUAUCCUGUGUUUUCUGUAUGAUAAUGAGGCAGUCCAAGACAUGCUCCAAAUUCUCUUCUAUACACAGCUGACCUCAGAGAAAGCCAGCACCAUACAAUUUUCAGCUGCCAAUUAGUUAAUUAAAUGUACAGUAUGGGGGCUGAGUCAAAUUCUGUACACACUCAAGGGAAGUAACCAGCUCUUUGAAGAAAAGUUUUAAUUUCAAAAUUGAUUUGAUUUAAAUACAGUCUGACCAUUUUUUGUGUACUGACCUUUAUUUUUGCUGGGAAAUUACACUUUUCAGUUGGUGUAGAUUAUUAUGUCCAAAGAGCUAUUAAUCUGUGAGAAUGAGGGACCUUUGUUUUUAGUAUUUACAAAGAGCUAUGCAUAAAACCCAGUCUGCUUUCUGAUAGGGUUACACUUUUUUUAAAAAAAAUAUCAUAUUAUUUAUUCUUAGCAUCUUCCCUUACCCUUCUGUAGGUAUUAGAUUUGAAAAACAAUUUGUUACUGUUUCCAAGGCAUUGAGCAAAUAUUUAGGGAGAAAUUAAAGUUCUCUCCAUUUCAGCCCAACAGUCAGUGCUGAUUUCAUUCUGUAUCUUAGAUAUCCAGUUCAUUUUCUAGUGCACAUCUUCCUGUUGGAACAAAUCAUAUUGUAGACAUGUUGAUAAUCAGUAAAAUUCAUUUGAAAAAAGAAUUAAAUCAAAUGCUUUAAAUCAUUGGCUCUCCAGAUACUGGCUUAUACCUCACAUCAUCUCUGAUCAUUGUUUAUGUUUCCUAGAGGUGUUGGAGCACUAUCUGGGUAUCUAAAAUUAGAAAACUCUAAUUUAAAUCAUAAAGGAGGAACUGACUGAAUGGUAGUUUAAUUCCCCUGGUCUAAGUUUAGCUUCCUGGAUUACACAUGGGCAGUUUUUCCUGCAUAACGCUUUUGAAGUGAAACACUUAGAACAGGUUUUUUUUCUAGUUUUGGCAUAAUAUAAUUUAGAAUAUUUUGGAGUAAUUUGUUGUGAGUUAUAUGGCUUGGUGUUAGAAGUUGGACUGCUUUUCCAAUCCAAAUGGAAAAGGCUGACUGAUUAAUAAUUCCUGCAAGAUAAUGAAAACAGUGAUUUCAAGGGAGAAAAUAGUAACGUAGCAAACACUUUAUGCAAAUAUUCUCAAUCCAUAAUAUUUCCAGGAAGCACUUUAAACUAGCUCAAAAAAGCUGGAGUUGGGAAGGUGCCAGGAAAUCAAGGGAUGGAGAAUAUUCUAUGAAUUCAUAUGUGAAUCAAAAAAAUCAAUGAUAUGGAGAGCUCAGCUCCAGGACAAAAACACAAAUCAGGCCAAAAAAGUAAUAACAUUUUGCCUUCUCAGCAUUUUGAUCAUUCAGAGGAUAAAUUGGUCUUAUCUUCUAAAAAUCACAUUUUCUAAAAACAAUAUAUUUUUCUUCAUAUCAUUGUUGCAUAGAAGCGAAUAGCUAGCAUCCUGACCCUUUAAUUUUUCUUCAUUAUUUUUGUCAAACUAUCCUAAUGGUUUUUAAAUGCAGAACACCUUUCACUGUGCUUUAUGACACUAUUUUUAAAAAAAUGCUUUAUUCAGAAGUUCCUUCAUAUGAAUUGAAGGGUAUGAUAAAAUAAGUUUUUCCUGUCUCCUCAGAAAGGCAAAGAGAUCAAUGUAACAAUUUUAAUCACUAUUUUCUCUAGACAGUUCUUGUAUCCUUAUUAUAAACUGCCAUAUUUCUCUGAGUGAAAUGUAGCAUUUCCAAAAGUUACAGGUAGUCCUUGACUUGCAUUCAUUUAGUGACCAAAGUUACAAUGGCACUGAAAAAUGUGACUUUUUCACAUGACUGUUGCAGCAUCCCAUGAUCAUGUGAUCAAAAUUUGACACUUGGCAACUGGCAAGUAUUUAUGAUAGUUGCAGUGUUCUUGGAUCAUGUGAUCUCCUUUUGCAACUUUCCGACAAGCAAAGUCAAUGAGGAAGUCAGAUUCACUUAGCAAUUGUGUUACUAAUGUAACUAAUAACUAACUGCAGUGACUUUACUUCAUAACUGUGGCAAGAAAGAUAGUAAUAUGGAGCAAAACUCACUUAGCAAUGGAAAUGUUGGGAUGAAUUGUGGUUGUAAAUCUAGGAUUACCUGAACUUUUACUUUGAUUUUGAUUCUUUCCAACUUUUUGCACAUAUUUUUUCCCUCCUGAAUUGGUCACAGUACAAAAUUUGCUUGCUAAAUAGAAAAUUGCUAAUCUGAUUGAUUCAUGCUAUGGCAUGCUGGUGUCAAAGAAUCUCAGAUGUUUGCUAAUACUUUUUUUCAAAGAGCUGGGGGCAUUCUUCAGUUUUUAUUUAAGUGAGUGAAACCAACAAUAGCGUUCUCUUUUCUUUCAGUGUGAAUGUGUAUGUGUGAUGUAGGAGUGUGAGAGAAGUGAAGGAAAAGUUUCAUUAAAAAAAUCUAAAGAUGCAACUCUAUAUUUAGUUUUUUUUAAUUAUCAGAAUAGACAAAGCCACUGCUGUUUUUCUCACAUAUUUCUUUUAUCUCCUAGAUGGUUUGGAUUCUGGGUCUUGUAAAACUUUCCUCCUGCUUUAUGAAAAAUGGUUAUUUUCAAUUUUAAACUCUUUAAAACUGGAAUUUGCAUCAACAAAGUUGUGUUUAUCAGUGAUUUAUUUUGAAAAUAUUUUUGCACUUGUCUGGCUUAUAUCUUGGAAAAACCUAUUUUCUCACAAUAGGCAGAGGAGGGUCAGAUUGUUAUGUUCUGAUUUUGAGCCUUUAUAUAGUCUCUUGUACCACAGUGCACGUGAUCAGCAUAAGUGCACUGAGAUACUAUCCACUCUUUCCUGAUAAAUAAAGUUAAAAAUAAUUAAGAAACCAUCUCUGUCAUACGGAAGGUGGAAUCAUAAUGCAACUAACUUGAUAAUUUCAAGAUUUUAAUAUUAAUGAAUGAAAGUUCAUAGUUUUGGAUUUGGCUCCAUUUCACUGUCACAGGGUUCACUGUACCAUAAUUGUUUACAUUUAGCAGUUACUAAAAGAAAUGGCAUACUCAUCCAAAAUGAGAGAUCUAUUACUGCUGUUGAGCAAAAAUUUUCUCUGUCCCUUCUUAACAAUACUGUGUUGUGAUUUCACAGGAUUCUUGCACUGAUGGAUUUGCCACCUGUUCUCUGUAAAUUGGGUGCACUUUAUAGUUGCAUUUGUUUCUAUGAUCAGUAAUGGUUAUUUAAACAUAAAUGAUACCAACAUUACAAAAAGCUCUUGUCGUUCAGUAUAUAUUUUUUAAAAAAAGAAGCAAUUAUUCAAGGUAUACAGCACAAUUACUGACAUUGUAUAUAAGCCUCAAAAGUUGAAAUACAUGCUGUGUUCUUCCAGCAAUUCUCUUUAGAUACAUCUGAGGCUUAAUUAUUGUGCUUUUAGUUACUAAAUAACCAUCUCACAUGAAAUAAAAGACACAUUUCUCUAAAGAUCUGCCAGAGAAGAAUUCCCUCUGGAUUUGUUCUCAGCUUAGUUCUUUAUUAUCAUAUACUGUCUUGAGAUAUAACACAGCACAAAAUAAUAUAUUUAAUUGUCUUUUAAUUCAUCUUUCAAAUGAUUUUUUUCCUACUCAGGAUAGUUAAGAGAGAGUGGCUAAUACCACAUCACAGAUUGAUCUGCCAUGCUGCUUUUUUGUUUGUUUAAAGACAUGCAAAAGUAUUGUACUAAUAUUUUUUAUUUAUACAUGUGUGCACAUCACAUGCCUAAGCUGGAGUUUCAGAACUAUUUUCUAUGAAAUCAACAUACCAAAUAAAUCACAGCCUCAAGUCCUAUAUGACUUUUACUGUGAAUGUAUGCUUGCUUUACCAAAUCCACCACAUGGUGUUACUCGGGCUUUGCAGAAAGUUUUUUUGCUCACUGGAUAUUUUCGUGAACAAAAAUCUAGAUGCUAAUUUAUUGUGCAUCUGGCUGUCAAAGAUGUACCAGCUGAUCCUAGUAAAGAUAUGAAGCCUAAGCAGUCUUAAGAAAAAUUGAAUUCUUUCUCCCUUUCCUAAGAUCAUUACAAAAAUUACCUCUCCAAAAUAAUCAACAGAGGCUUCCUAUUAAAUGUAAAACGGCUUAACUGGCAGAAAGAGGAAGCUACUUCCUCUCUCUGUCUUCACUGGUCCAUCUUAACUGCUUAGUCAUAUUAAAAAAAAUGGGCAUGUUAAUUGCAUUCACACAUUAAUUUUGUCUUGUUUGGCCCCUGAAUUUGCUUUCUAGAGGACUUUGGAGACUUAGUACUGUAAUGCUGACUUCUAAGAAUUUGAAACAAUUAGGUAAGCUGGGUCCAAGUAAGAUUGCUAUCAGGUCCUAAGAAUCAUGUAGAAAUCUUAAUACAUGUUAAGUUUGGCUUGGCUCCAGGGGAGAGAGUUGCUAGCUUGGUAAAUGGCUCAAUUAUUUAUUCUUGUAUCAAAAGAGUUUCUUUGUGGCUCUCAAAAAUAUCGAAUAUCUGGAAAUAUAAAUUAUUUUACUGUUUUAGUGAAGUAGAAACUAUCACGGGGAGGGCAAAGAGGGAAGGUUAGUAUGUUUAUUUUUUCAAAUUUUAUUACAAAAUGUGCUAAAAGAAGGAACAAAAAUGCAUCCAUUUUGAAAUUCCAAGCUGUUCACUUGGCCUUAGACAGGAGUUAACAAGUUUCUACUGUUCAUGAUCAUCUAAUAAAAACCGAAGUGCCAGCUUUUCUGCACCUUACAUUUAAAAAACAAAACAAAACACUUUGUGCCUAGAAAAUUUUCUUCUCUCCUUAAGGUAGCCCAUAGUAAUUUCUUGAAUGGAAAGCUGCAUCUCUCUCCCCAUCUCGCAUUACUUAACACUGGAGUUUCAGGACCUUCAGCUAUUUAGAGUUCAGCUUUUUAAAAGGGCUUAGAGGGGUCAAAACCUAAUAUACUUCUUUUUACAUGUUGAUGCCUUCACUGAAUUUAUGGUUGCUGUGAAAAGGGAAGGACAAACCUAAGGCACAAGCACAAAGGGGUAGAUAGCUAAACUGCGCCUCCCCUCCCUAAUUACUUGAAUAUAAUUGUUGGAUUAUUAUUGUUCCCCUAACAAGAAAAAUCAUAUUAAGGGCUGAAAUUUCAUAGCAGACUAUUUUGUGUAGUGGUAACUGAAUUAACAUAUAGAACCUCAACACAGUAUUAUCUAAUUGCUAUUUCAGAUUAAAACCUUGAUAUAAUGUAUAAAUAUGCACUUGUUUGAAAUGCAGAGAGAAAUACUUUUGCAUUUCAAACAAGUGCAUAUUCAAGAGACUUUUAAUAAAAUGGAAUGAGCUUCUACACUUUUCUGCUUGCUUGGAAGUCUUACUUGGAAUUAAAAAGGGGGGGGGCAAGACACUUAGAUGCUUUUUGCUUGUUGCUAUCAUAAAAACUAUGAGAGAACUGAGGCAGUUUGACUUUGUUCCACCUGAACAUUUACCAGACCUUGAGAUCAUUUCCUACCAUAUUUACUGUUACUAAUCAUUCUACAGAGUGCAAGGCAUUAAUAUGUUUAGAUAGAAGAUGUGUUUUCAGGGAAUGAAUGUUUUGCUUUUAAAUAUGUUUCUCAUAACAAUUUCUUUCCCAUGAAAAUUGAGACAUUUUGCCUGCCUUGUCUGCCUCUGUACAGCAACACACAUUCCUUUGUAUUCAAUCUUUCUGGUUUGCCAACUUGCUGGAAAGAUACUGAGUUCCUUUUCCUUUUCCUUUUUUCUAUCAGUCUGAUGUAAAGAAUUUCCCUGUACAGUAUAAUAUUCAAUUGCAUGUUCUGUUCUCUUACUGAUAUAUUGAAUCACCACACAGUUGUGAUCUUUUAUUGCAGGGAUGCUGCACAAAUCCCUGCAGUCGGUUAAGACUUUUGGCCACCCUUGUAUAAAGGAAAGAAAUAUGUUUCUUUCCCUUCACUGUAUUUGCUUGAGCAGAGUUUUAUUGUCUGUACAUGUAAGCUGUGAGAUAGACGUGGAAAAAGUUCAAAAAGAAUGCAUUAUCCUCAGCCCCUCCCUAAUGUAUACAGAUUGUAACCUGUACAAUGAACUGUAUGUAUUAAAAUGUACUUAUUUAUAAAUGGUUAAUACUUGGAAAUGGUGGUUGACUACUGUGUUCAACACAUCUAUUUUGACACUUCAUGGAGUGGAAAAAGCACUCUCCGCUAAUUUUUCUAUCUUAUUUUAUCCUUUAAUUGUUGAGUUAACAAAUAACCCUUUAUGUGUACUUUUUGCAAUGUAUCACUCUCUUGUUACAAAGGCUCUAUUUUAUAGCAUUGGUUCAAAGAAACGCUUUUCAGAGCAGAAUACCUUAUCUAAUUCAGACUUUUUUAUCUUAGUUGGGAUAGAUAUAGAAUGGAACAUGUCUGAAGAAAUUCCAAUCUGUUUUACUGACAUAACUUUAUCCAAUAUCAAUCAGUCUCUUGUAUUAUUAAAAUACUAGAUUUGUCUUUGUUUUCAAAAGGCAACUGAAGCAUAGCCAUGAUGGGAAAAAAAUUAGCAAAAUUUUAUUUAAUGGAACUUCACACCGUUCUAAAGUACAUAUAUUUUAAUGAUCAUUAUUAAUCAAAUGAAAAAUAUGCUGCAAGUAUUUUAUGAAUAUUAGAUCAAAUUUCUGUGUAACCUGUUGUUAGUAGAAAUAAUUUUGCACAAUUAAUCAGUACUAGCCAUGUAACAGCAGCUUAUCAGGUUCACUCAAUCCAUUCUGUCCAACUUCUAUAUUUAUGUAUAACUACUUCGGAAAUGCGGAUCUGGAUAACAGUGCAUGCAGAUUCUGUACUAGCUUGGUGUUUUCUAAAGUUGAAAAAAAGCUGAUAUCAAAGAUGUCAUAUUCCAAUAUGUUCCAAUUUGAGCAUUAUCUUGGAAGGUGCAAAACAGAUUGUUUCUCUUCCAGAUGUGUACCAAAUGAAUUUUCAAUCCAGUCACCACAGAGCUUUGUUCUAUUGGCCCAUUUGUAAAUACAAAGUCAUGUACACAUCUUAGUAUAACUAUUUAAUCAUAAAAUAAUGUAUGAAGAAUUGUAGUUUAUUUUUAAAGUAGUAAACAUUUGGAUAAUAAGGGGAAGGGUGUAAGAAUGAAAAACAAGCAUCAUUCUGGGAAUAAAUAGACAACAAUAUUGCGCUCGCUCUCUCGCUCUCUCACACACAACCAGACUUUAUAGGAACAAAGAUUAGUUCUGAGAUUACUCUAUUAUAGAAAGUAUGGCAUGACAAUAUUGCAGUAUAUGUCAGUUAUGAAUUCUACAUGUUCUUUGAAAAUUAUACGACUAUUUCUUCAUACCCACAUCUGGUAUGAAUGUAUUCUUUAUUCCCUACAUAGCCUUUAAAAUAAAAUAUAAGAUUUUGGGGGUACUUAACAUUUUUGCUAAGUAUGCAGACAUCUGAGUUAUAAUCAAAUUCUAGAUAAUAAUCAAAUUCAGUGCAAUAUUAAUGUUUAAUUAAAACACAUUUCCACUUACAGUAUUUGGUCCCAAAUAACUGUCAGAUUGAGAUACAAAAGGCCCUUACUGUGCUUUGUAACAUUAACCACAAGCAACUGAAAAGUUUAAAGCAACUUACUUAUUGAUAUCAAACUUACUCACCAAACAAAAAUGAUAUUGCCAAUAUAAGAAAAUUAAUUGUUUUAAAAUGCUAUGUGAUAUAUAGUAUUUGGAAAAAAAAAUCCUAUCAAAAAUUUCUAGAAAAUGAAUGUUUUCAUAUGCAAUAUGAGACCUAGCAUAUUUAGUAUUUUCAGCUUCUCAGUAUAUGCGUGUCAAAUAUUUUGGCUUUCCUGGGCCACAUUAAGUGUAGAGGAAUUGUUUUGGGAUGCAUAUAAAAUAUAUAACAUAGGUAAGUAUAUAAACAUAAAAUUUCCUUUAUUUUAAAAUAUUUCUUAUUACCUUGUGGGCCUGCAUUAUUAGCUGUCCAGGGCUGACAAUGCAGGCCAUGGAUUGGACAUGCCUGUCUUAGAACCUUAAUUAAAUCAUUCUUGUAACAGCUUUGUAAAAAUGCAGGUCAAUAUUAUCCCAUUAUUAUUGCUGGUGAAAUGUAAAUGAGUUCAAUAAGAUGAUACAGACGUUAAAUAUGAUGUUUUGUAAUCAUGUACCUGCUAACAUCUAUUAGCUCAUUUCCAUUUAAAAAAUAGCUUAUUUUUAAAGAUCAGUAUGUUGAGGAAAGGCAUUUUCCUCAAUAUUAAUUAGGGAGCAUUCUUAAAAUCAAUCUUUUGGCUAUAGUAGUAUUUAAUAUACUACUACCAAGGGAAUAUUACAACACUACAAAAUACACCAUUACUCAGAAAAAGCACCAAGCUGGCAUGACUUUCUCUGAUAACUGAAUUUUCUCUCAUAUUUUGUCAUAUGAACACAGUUUCUGAAUUUCAAAAUUUGAGCUGCUGACUUUCAAAAGUAUAUAAGGAGUUCUGGAUUUGAGUUACAACCAUUCUACAGGACUGAUUUGAAUUAUGUGAAUUUUUGAGUAAAGGCUUUUUAAAAAAUCUUAGGUAUAGCAAUUUAUUUUAUUGCUAUAAAGGUAUCCACUAUUUUUAUUAAUAUAAUACUUUUAAUUUAUAGUUAUGCUCUUGGCUAAAGCUGAAAUGAUGUAUUCGUUUAUUCAUUCAAAUAGUUUAUUCAAGAUAAUUUAUUCUAAAUUACUAAUUGCCACAGAGCAGGAAAGGACCUGAUAAGCUCUCUGCCUCCUAUCUAGAAAUGAAGAUUUGGUCAAUCUGCCUAUGCUUUUUGAGGAGUUUUCCUCACAAAACUCAUAUGCACAUCCACAUGCUAAUCCAAAGCCAGGAUAGCCUAAGUAAAGUAUAUGACUUUAGCCAGUAAGCAGCAUGCCAGAGUCACAGGGAGGGACAAGGCCAAAAAAAUAGAUACAUGGUGAUUAAAAAAUACAAUUUUAAUCUGUAUAUUUGAAUACAUCAUUAAGCAUCAUUUCCCCCUAAUUGAAUGAAUUGAUGACUUUUAAACAUGCAUUUCUACCUGUAAAACGAAUUGCCUCCUUCUAUGGGUUAUAUAACCAGAGUCUUCUCUUUCCACUAGUAAGUAAGGAAACAAUCAUUGUUUCCACCUGCAGUAAAUGUCCUUAAAACUUGGAGGAGAUGGAUGGAUAUAGCAUAGAAAUUGCCAUAGUCAUAGCAGAUAUUUGACUCUCCAAUAAUAUCAGAAGCUCGAGUCUUUCCUAAGGAUCUGGAAUAGUCAGAUGUUGAUGCCUGAUGGUGUUAUAGGUAUCGUUGCAGGAUGUAAGUUGUUCCAAGUAAAACUGCCUGUUGCAAUUGACUAAGUGGUUUUUUCAGUGCUGAUGGUGUGGUACUUCAGUUGUUUUGGGAUUGCACCCAAGCCUCCUAUUCCUAUUGGUAUUAUCUUUGCUUUCUUUUGCCACAGUUGUUCCUAUUUCUAGUUGCAGGUCUUUGUAUUUUAUUAUCCUCUCCAAUUUUUUUUCUUUUACUUUGCUGUCUUCUAGUAAUUAGUACUUUUUUUCUUUCUUAUUAACAGUUGUUAAGUCUGGGGUGCUAUGUGGCAGGUAUCUGGGUUGGAAUUUUAAAGUCCCACAGCGCUUCAUUUUCUAUGACUUUCCCAACUUAUGGUCCCACCAGUUCUGGUUUGCAAGAAAAUUGUAUUCUUGCAGAUCUUCCAAUGCACUAUUGUUACUACUUUGUUGUGCCAUUGCUUGUAGUCAACCUUAUGAUCUUCUUGCAGCAGCUAACCACUGUUUCUUUGCAGAAACAGCACUUGCUGCCUAUUGUUGUCUUCUCAAUUCUAGCUUUGUAUGCAUUAGUUCUUAAAGCUUAGUUUUGUGUAGCCAGAAUUAGCCCCUCUGACUCUUUAUUCAAUUUUAUGCUUUUAGCAGUAAAAGUUUUGUUGCCAGAUUAUUUGCUUUGUGUACUAUCAUGAACCGUAGUGUCGCAGUGGUUACAAUGCAGUACUGCAGACUACUUCUGCUGACUGCCAGCUGCCAGCAGUUUGGCAGUUCAAUUCUGAUUGGCUCAAAGUUGACUCAGCCUUUCUUCCUUCUGAGGUCAGUAAAAUGAGGACCUAGAUUGUUGGGGGGGCAAUAUAUUGACUCUGUAAACCAUUUAGAGAGGGCUGUAAACCACUGUAAAGCGGUUUAUAAGUCUAUUGCUGUUUUUAUUGUGCUGGCCAUGUAAUACUUUGUCUUCCCAUGUCUCUCUUAUGUUCAAAUUUAUUUGCCACCCAUCUUGCAGUUCAAGGUGAUUCUUAAUGCACAUUCUUUAUAGUGCUGAGUUACUUUGCUACAGCUGCCUAUACAGUUGUUCACAGUAUUACAUAAACAUUUGAUUCUGCCAGGAAAAAACCAAGUAAUCUUACUAUGUGAGGCCCAGUUAUAUCUCUGUAGCAUUGAAUAGAGAAAUCUGAUUCUAGGGGCCAGGUAUGAUUUACAAUACAAAAUAUAAACUGUUUCCUAUGUAAACCACAGGAAUCAACUGUUUCACCUAGAGGUUACAUAAAUACACCAGGGCUUUCUCCUGGGAUCCUGUUAGAUCACGGGUAGUCAACCUUUUAAUAUCUACUGCCCACUUUUGUAUCUCUGUUAGUAGUAAAAAUUUCUAACCGCCCACCGGUUCCACAGUAAUGCGACGUGUAUCAUCUUCUGUGCAUGCCUCUCACGCAUCGUGGAUUGGGGUUGGGGAGGGGAGGUGCCGACUACCAGCUCUGCUUGUCUGUUGCAGCUGGGUGGUGUGGGGGGAGAUGCACGAGCUAUUCAGGGACGAGGCUUUUUUGUUUGUGGUCGCACUAUAGUGCCAUUUAAUUUCACUUACGUAAUGUGAACUAAACUUAUGCGUGGGCGAUACAAAUACUAUAUUUUCAGAAAUUUAAAUUGUCAAGGGAAAUUUUAUGAAAACCUAAUGAAAAUGUUUUUAAAUAAUGCUAUGAAUUUUUUUUAAAAAGUCAAUUAAAUUUUAAAAAAGGAAAGUGCUUCAGUAUUGGACAAAACCCCUACCGCCCACCAUGAAAGUUGGAACGCCCACUAGUGAACGGUAGGGACCAGGUUGACUACCACUGUGUUAGAUCCUUCUGCCAAGGAAACAGCUUAGAAAGCCCUGUACACCAAGACCAAUUCCUUUGAAGUACCUGAGCUGCCUACUAAACUGUAUUCUCUUCCAUUUCCUGAUCUUUUUAUAUCAUCAACCAAGAAAUUCCCCCUGCAAUUUUCUCUUCCAGAGCUUGCCACCUCUUAUCAUCAUCAUCAUCAUUUUUCGCUUAAGUGCAGGAUUCGCUUUUCAAAUCAACAAGCACUAUCUUAUACAAUCAAAUGCAGCAUCUGGAUCUAACUGGGCAUUUUUCACUUUUUCUCUUGCCACCUCUUAGGAAACAAGUCUGUUCUCUUUCUCCAUAUGUUCACUGUUUCAAUUUUGUCAUUUCUUCCCCUUAAGUUCCAUAAAAACAGGGGGUGUAAGUGGGUAUAGUAUGUCAAACAAACUAUUACUUUUUGGCAUAUCUUAAAUUUCAUCAUUUGGAAUGACAUUUAUUUAUCUUGUUUGUCUUGGAGCUUUGGUGCUCCGUUUGAAUUUUUUAAAUGAAACCUUUUGUAUGAGUAAACUACAGAUGAAUUCCUUUUUAGUAGGUUUUAAUUUUGCCAUAGGUCGUAAAGAGGAUUUUAAAAAAAAGAAUUACCAUGUUCCUCAAUCUGAAUCAGAACUGCAAUGGAUUGAAAGGGAAGAUUUUGAUUCUAUUGGGACACCCAUAUUGACAAUUUGUACUUUUUAAAAGUUUAAAAUCUAUUUAUGAGAAAACUUUAGUCUUUAGGCACUGGGGGCAUUAAGUUGAAAGCUCCAUUUUACCCGCUAAGAUCCUGAUAAUUGUUAGUGCAGAAAGACAUGCUUUCAGUUUAUUGAAAACAAUUGCAACUCAAGCUUAUUACCACUGAAUUUCCAUACAAUUAAUUUUGGUGAAUUUUCCCAAACAGAUUGAUCCUUUAAUGCCAACAGAGCUAGGACACUGGGCAUAAAUCUAAAUCCCCCAAUGUAGAUAAGGAUCCUUGAGUGGCGCAGACUGCUAAGACAGUCUGUUAUUAACAGCAGCUGCUUGCAAUUACUGCAGGUUCAAGUCCCACCAAGCCCAAGGUUGACUCAGCCUUCCAACCUUUAUAAGGUAGGUAAAAUGAGGACCCAGAUUGUUGGGGGCAAUAAGUUGACUUUGUAUAUAAUAUACAAAUGGAUGAAGACUAUUGCUUGACAUAGUGUAAGCCGCCCUGAGUCUCCGGAGAAGGGCGGGAUAUAAAUGCAAAUUUAAAAAAAAAUUCCAACUCCAGCAGCCCAAACAGUUUCUCACUGAUUGGUUGGUUAUCUUUCUCUCUGUUUCUUUGUCUUCUCUGGAAAAGGGAAUGUAGGGGGAAAAACCAGAGAACAACCACUUGGAAUGCAUGAGAAUAAUCCCCAGGAGCAUAUUCUGUAGGAUUCUUUCGGGUCUAAAAGCAUCAUUUCAUAGCACCUUCACAUUCUGUGCAAAAUUUAUAGAAAAUAUUAAUGUACAAUGGGGAUCUCAUGGGGCAAGAUUUAGAGCUCCAGACUCCUUGGUUCACUAUAAAAUUACCAAUAGGCAGAUCAUGUAGGAAGAAAGAAAUGCUAAUGAAUGUACCACAUGGGGAUACAGGAUAUUCUCUUCUAAUUUGUCUGGCCAACUUCUAUAUCACCAUAUUUGGCCACUAGAGGUCAGGGAGGAUUCACAAAUGGGAGUUUUGAAUUCUCAAGAUUUGGUGGUUUUUCUGAAGCAAGAUUUCUAUCACCCUUUGAUCAUACUGCUUAGGAAUUCUGAAGCUUAAAUAUUGAAGGAAAAUAGAUUGAGGAAAAGUGAGUUAGAAAAGCAUUUAAAGUGAAUAAUUAUUUUUAAAAAUAUUUUGAUAUUAAAAACAGGAAUAUUGGAACUAAAUGCAUUAUGGACUUGUGGCUUUACAUUUACAGUGGAAAUAUAUAUAUAUUUCUUCUUCUUAAUAAAACUUAAUCCAGGGUAAAUUUUGCAUAGGAUAAUAUUUUGCAUGAGGAAGAUUUUUACAAGCAGUAGGAUUUUUAAAGGAAAAAAUUUUGGCAUUCUCUAAACAUCAGAAUCUAAAUAGUGAUAAAUUUCAAUUCCAUGUCCAUAAAUUCCUAUAAAAGUAUUACCCCAAAUCACAGUCAUUUUAGAUGUGUACCCUGGUGUGGGUUUCAAAACCCAUCGCUAUCGGUUUGCUUGCACGUGCCACUUCUCCACGGAAACGUCCGGGCAGGUGAGCAGAGAGUCCCUCUGCCGCCGUUACUAGUUCGCCUGAGCUGGGGCAAACCGGUAGCAACCCACCACUGGUGUACCCAUACAAUAAAACUGCUUUAUUUCCAAAUGAAGAUAUUUAUUCUUCAGCCCCUGAAACUUUCACCCAGAAUCGAUGCUUCUCAUACUUGUCAAAUGGCCUAUUUAGAACAAAAACUUGCUUAUUAGCACAUUUAUUCAGGAGGUCCUUUUUUUGCCACCAAACAUGCUUGUAUCUCUAGGUUUUUUGGCUUUGGAGUCUGAAUUACCUGUGUUCUCUAAAUGUUUGUUAAGAUCUGGGAUGGGAAAAUCUGGAUAAUCACUAGGCAAAUAGCACAUUAGAGUUAAGGUGUGUGUGUGUGUGUUGUAAUUAUUUACUUCUCUUAAAUAGUUGUCUGAAUUUUUGAAAAUCUUUAGCUCUAAGCUUGGCAAGAUAAUUACCACUAGGUCAAAUCCAAAUGUUUGGUCACUGGGCACUCUGAAGAAUUGCCUGACUUUUUUAGCAAGACCACAUGCACAAUACUGCAUCUAGCUCUGUUGACAAGGAUACAAAAAAGAUGUUGAGACUCUAGAAAGUGUGCAGAGAAGAGCAACAAAGAUGAUUAAGGGACUGGAGGCUAAAACGUGAUGAACAAUUUCAGGAACUGAAUAUGUCUAGUGUAAUGAAGAGAAAGAUUAUGGGUGACAUGAUAGCAGCUUUCUAAUAUUUGUGAGGCUGUCACAAAAAAGAAAGUGACAAUCUAUUCUCCAAAGCACCUGAAAACAGGACAAGAAGCAGUGGAUGGAAACUUAUCAUAGAGAGAUCUAAUCUAGGAAAUUUGCUAGCAGUGAGAAAAAUUAAUCAGUGGAAUGCCUUGCCUUCAGAAGGUCCCUUCCAACUCUGUUAUUCUGUAACUCCUGCAUAUAUCAGGUUUGUGGAUUUCAAUCUUUGCCUUAUCAAAACUUUUUAGGGUACAGCAUGAUACAUCAAUCCCCCCCUCAUUUUAAUUUUGCAUCUUCAUCAUAAUGCCCAGUUUUUUGUGCAUUAAGAUGCUGCAAUAACCAUUUAAUCCUCUAUCUAGUUCAUCUUCAGGCUUAGAAGAGGCAAUUCACAAUCCUCUUUAGUUGGUCGUUGUUAAAAGUGGUGUUUUUCCUCUUAUACUGGCACAAUCUUGCCAUAGUAUCAAUCUACAAUGCUUCACUAAUGAUAGGAUUGUUUAUAUGGUCAAGGGCUAUCAUCUACCCAUCUCUCUUUGGCUAAAUAAAUCUCCUGUAGCACAUCCCCUUUUGCUCCUACUCAGCACUCUUUAGAAUUGUUGGAUACAAGAUGGGUGGCAAAUAAAAUUUCUAAAUAAAUAUAAUUUAUUUACAUUUUUGCUUGAGCUACAAGACAAAGCAGACAUGCCAGCCAGGAUAUUUUGGGUAGGUGAUGAGGUGUUGUUUUCUCUAUUUUGGAUAUGGAAUAGUUCAUCUUCUAAGAAACUGGUAUUGCCAGGUCAGAUAAACAUCUUCUGAUCAUUAGAAGUAUUUCCUUCCCAUUGAAUAUCCUGCUUUGACAUGCAACAUGCUAUAGACUGGUAGCUAUAGACUGGUAGUUGGAAAAGAAUGUGAGGGAAAAACUGUCCUUUCAGAGGAUUUGCUUAGCUGCAUGGCAUAAUCCCGGGUUGCAGCUGCUUUACAUUGGAGAACUGGAGAAUUGGAGAACCUCACUCAAAUUAGACUCAGAUUCUCUAUAAACUUUUAUUGGAAAGAAUGUAAGACUUUUUUUACAGUGUGCUUAAAUUAGCAGGUUUGUACUCAUGAAAAUGUCAUGACUUCUGUACUUGGCAUUUACAGGCUUACAUCAUCACCCACAUCUUAUUUUGGAGUGCCAGCAGGAGGAGUGUUGGAACCUUUUUUUAAAAAAAAGAUAUCUUGGGAAAGAAGUCUCUUCACUGAUGAAAUGUAUACCUUGUCACAAUCUGAUGACUCU